CUAGUUUGUUAAGAGAUUUUAUUCCUUGGUUUGAACGUCUCCCUCAACUCCAACUUCCACCCACCAAAAUAUCAAUAUUACGCUUCCCAAAUUUGGUUUCUACUCACCUUAAUCUCUUCGACGUACUAAGCAAACCGCAGGUUGUUUGUCUGCUUGUCUGCCUCUCUCGACCACUCCGUUGCUGGGUUUCACAUGGAUCCGCCGCCUAGCUCUUGGGAUUCCUUGCGAAAACAGGCAAGGAAGCUUGAAGCUCAGCUCGAUGAGCAGAUGCAGUUAUAUCGUAAAUUGGUGAACACAAAAGUUGACAAUGCCACAGAUAAUGACCUUGAAAUCAGGAUAGAUCAGCUACUUAAACAGCUGCAACAAGUGAACUCUCAAAUGCAAACGUGGGUCUCAUCUGGGGGAUCUGAAAUAUUUUCGCAUACAUUGACUCGCCAUCAAGAAAUCCUUCAGGAUCUUACUCAGGAAUUUAAUCGCCUCCGUUCUAGUCAUAGAGCUAAAAAAGAGCAUGCCUCAUUGCUUGAUGAUUUUAGGGAAUUUGAUCGCACUAGAUUAGAUCUGGAAGAUGAUGGUGGCUCUUAUGAUCAAGCGCUUCUUAAUGAGCGUGCUUCCCUACACAGGAGCACAGGACAGAUGGAUGGCGUGAUUUCUCAAGCUCAAGAAACUAUAAAGGCACUUGUGUACCAACGAUCAACAUUCGGUGGCAUUAAUUCCAAGCUUAGCAAUGUCAGCAGUCGGCUUCCAACUGUUAAUCACAUUCUUUCGUCGAUAAAGAAGAGAAAGUCCAUGGACACGAUCGUUCUCUCGUUAGUUGCCUCAGCCUGCAUGUUUCUUAUCUUGAUUUACUGGUUCACAAAAUGAGAAGGUACCAUUGUGCAUCUCCAAGGCUUCAGCAUGUUUGAGUGCUCCAUUUUAUUCUUUUGUAUAUUACCUAGUGUAAUUUUUAUUUUAUUUUAUUUUUUUGGUUGUAUUUUUAACAUGGGAGAAAUCUUGAAUUGUUCUUUUAUGCAUUCUGUUGUUCAUAUACAAACACAAAGUUAUUGUUAAAAAGUCAGUAUCAGAGCUUCAUGAUUCACUGACACCAGUUUGUAGAGUAGGAGAAAAACAUCAAUUUGGGGAAA